AUGAUGCUCUACUGUCAAAACCAGAAACUUUCUUUGAAAUUAACAAGAGAUAUUGACCAGGACUCGAGAUGGGCCCACAUCAGCCGAGUGCCCAGCAGUCCAUCUGCAGACUGGCCGCUGCAGAGUGUGGAGGAUUAUGGAGGUAUAGAUCCACUGCCGUUCAGACUGAUGUUACAGGACUGCACAGCAGUGAAGACGUUGUUAUUAAAGAUGAAGAGAGUUCUCCAAGAGAGUUCAGACAUCAGCCCAGCAAGCAGCACCACCUCGCUUCCUGUUAGCCCUCUUGCUGAAGAACCAGUGCCUUUCAAGGAUAUAAUGAAAGAUGAAUGUUCUCUGCUGAAGCUACAACUCAAAGAGAGGGACGAACUCAUUUCCCAACUGCAGGAAGAGCUGGAAAAAGCCCAGCAUCUCCAGAAGGCUUUUGCUUCAAGAGCUGAUAAAUCCACACAGACAGAACUUCUAGGCUGUGAUGGUUUAAACUUGAAAAGACUGGAAGCAGGACAAGGAGGGAGAGAGGCUAUGUAUCGAAAUCGAAUUGUGAGCCAAAACCUCAGCACAAGGGACAAAAGAGCAAUACAUACUCCCACCGAGGACCAUUUUAGAUACUCAGCAACUGACCAGACAAGCCCCUACCAAAACAACACCUGCCAACUUUCAAGUCUAUGUUUAAGUCCUUUUUUAAAGGACAAGGAACUAGCAGAAGCUAUCAAACACUCAAGAGGAACGUAUGAACCUCUCCCUUCAGAGGUUACACAGAAUUUACGGACCACUGUUGGGCCGAGCUCUCUGAAGCCAGUGACCAAGACGGAAGGGCUCCCCACAUGCUUAGAGAAACCAAAGGAGCAGGCUGCUGUGUCCCGACAGCAUUCGACCUUUACAGGCAGAUUUGGGCAGCCACCCAGAGGGCCAAUAUCUUUACACAUGUACAGCAGGAAGAAUGUUUUCCUCCACCACAAUCUGCAUACCACUGAAUUACAGACUCUGGGCCAGCACGAUGGGUAAUGAAAUUACCCUUUUCUUGUCUCUGGGUAGGAUAAAGAUGGUUUGUGUUUCUCGUGCAUA